AUGAAGGAUGAUGUGAAAUCAGAUGAAUAUGUGUUCAUCCAACAACAACUAAAAGCCAAUCCAGUAGUUGUUUUUUCAAAAACCACAUGCGGAUACUGCUCAAUGGUAGAAGAUGUUUUUUCAAGAAUUAAACUAUCUUAUAACCGCAUCGACAUUGAUGAAAGACCAGAUUGCGACAAGUUGCAAGAACUUUUUGGAAAAAUGACUGGUGCAAAAACGGUCCCCAGAGUGUUUGUUGGAGGCAAAUGCAUCGGUGGAGGUACAGACACCUACACACUGCACAAUGAAGGAAAGUUACUUCCGCUAUUGGAAAAGGCUGGCGCUCAUUUCUAUAAAAAGGAUGAUUAA